AUGUUAUCGUUUCGAUUAGCGGCUUCUUUACGUACUGGAUCGUUUAUAGCCCGGCGAUCGAUCAGCUAUGCGGCAGCACCAGCGAGAGCAUCAAUAAGAUUACGCUUGUUAGCUGGUGUAUCUGGAGCGGGCGCGUAUGCAGCAUGGAACUUAGAAGAGUACGAUGUGAUGCCCUUCUGGAGAAUCCUUGGCUACUGGCUCCACAUUCGCCCGACUCACAAGAUAAAUCCAGUCAGGUUGGUAGUUUAG